AUGUUCCGCGUCCUCGAGCGGCCCGCCUUCUCUGCCGCCCAGAACGCCCUCUUCCCCGUCUACUUCACCAUCCAGACGGCCCUCCCCGCUGUCCUCGCCCUGACGUACCCGGGCAGCCGCAGCCUGCUGGGCGAGCACGCCGGCGGCGUCGGCGGCCUGCUGCAGGAGUCCAACCGCUACAGCGCGCUGCUGCCCAUUGCGACCAUGUUCGUCACGGGGCUCGUCAACCUCGUCGUCGUGCUGCCGAGGACGGUGACCGUCAUGAAGGCCCGGUACGCCCAAGAGAAGAAGGACGGAAAGAAGAGCUACGACCCGGCGCCGCACUCGCAGGAGAUGCAGGCCCUCAACAAGUCGUUCGGCAAGAUGCACGGCAUCUCGACCCUCGUCAACCUCGCUGGCUUCAUCGCCAUGAUCCAGUACGGCUUCUCGCUCGCGGCGCGCCUCGACUGA